CACGGGAGGGGGCGGCGCCCUAGGCAGUGGCCGGGCCCGGGGGCCGCUGCCAGAACGACCAGUUUCUCACGCUCCCCGUGCCGGGUUCGGGGCCAGCACCUGCCCUGCUCCGUGCGGCCGGCGGGGAAGGGGCGUGUCCGGCGGCCGGGCCCGGUCCCCUGUUAGCGCGCGGAGGAGCGGAGCGGUGGAGGCUGCUCUGCCGGCAGGAUGCGGGGAGCGCUGGGCGCCGGGCUCUGCUGCCUCGGCCUGCAGCUCCUGACGGGCGCCGCCUUCAACCUGGACGGGACCCACACGCUACUCAAGGACGGGCCCGGGGGCAGCUUGUUCGGCUUCUCUGUAGCGCUGCACCGGCAGCUCCGGCCCGAGCCCGCCAGCUGGAUGCUGGUGGGUGCCCCGCAGGCGGCAGCCCUGCCAGGCCAGAGGGCGAACCGGACCGGCGGUCUGUACGCCUGCCCCCUGACUUUGGCAGGGAACCUGCGCGUGGAGCUUUUUAAUCAGAGCUCCCUGGAACUGGGUACCUAUGACGACGGGCCCUACGAAGCCGGGGGGGAGAAGGACCAGGACCCCUCCCUCAUCCCUGUGCCUGCCAACAGCUACUUCGAUCCCGGCGAGCGGCUGCCCGGCACCGUCGGCGACGUGGCUCAGAAUAGCUACUUAGGUAUGCAGAUGGCAAGGAUUCAGCUCUGGGAAGGGAUCUUCCCUGGCUCCUUGGCCCUGGUGCCCGGGGGGGCCCAGACCCACCUCUUGUCCUGCUCCGGCCCUAUCCCUGUCCCCACAGACCUCGCCGUGGGCGCCCCAUUCGACGGAGCUGGCAAGGUCUAUAUCUACCACGGCAGCAGCCUGGGCAUCGUCACCAAACCCGUGGACGUGCAGGCCUGCUUCAGCUACACAGCCAGUCCUGACAGCUACAGCCCCCGCCUCAUGCUCGCGUACACCUUGGACGCCGACGUGGACCGGCGGAAGCGGGGCCAGGCCCCUAGAGUCGCCUUCCUGGACGGGAAGACCGCCGACCCCGAGCACCAGUUCACAGACGUGGUGGAGCUGCCCCACCAGCACGCCCCUGUCUGCGUCAAGGCCACUUUCCAGCUGCAGGACAGCAUCCGGGACAAGCUCCGCCCCAUCACCGUGGAGCUGACGUACAGCAUCAAGCGUGCCCGGAGCAAGCGCCAGAGCCAGGGCUCCGCGCUGCCCCCGCUCGUACCCGUGCUGAACGCCCUGCAGCCCAGCAGCCAGAGGGCAGCCAUGAGCGACCAGAAGUUCGUCGCCUUGGAGAUCCAGGUCACCAACCUGCCCUCGGACCCGGCGGUGCCGCACCAGGAUGGAGACGACGCCCACGAGGCCCUGCUCACGGUCACCUUCCCCGAGGCCCUGCCCUACGCCGGGAUCCGGUCACACGAAUCCUGGGCCCUGCCCGGCCUGGAGAAGCAGCCCUGUCUGCCCAACCUGAAUGCCUCGCAGGUGCAGUGUGAGCUGGGGAACCCCAUGAAGCGGGGAGCUCAGGUGCGAUUCUAUCUCAUCGCCAGCACCUCGGGCAUCACCAUUGAGACCCGGGAGCUAGAGCUGGAGUUGACCCUGAGCACCUUGGCUGACCCGCGGCAGCUGUUCUUUGGCGGCAGGGUGCUGGGCGAAAGCGCCAUGCGCAGCGAGGGCCAGGUGGGCAGCGCCGUGCGGUUCGAGGUGACGGCCCGCUCCCUCGUCUUCCAGUGCCCGCUCUACAGCUGCGACCGCUCCGCUGUGCUCACCGCCUGGGGACGCCUGUGGAACAGCACCUUCCUGGAGGCGACCUCCCUGGACCCGAGAGAGGUGGUGGCGUGGGGCGUCCCCUGGUGGAUCAUCCUGAUCGCAGUGCUGGCCGGGAUGUUGGUGCUGGGGCUGCUGGUCUCCAUCCUGUGGAAGCUGGGCUUCUUCAAGCGCACCCGCUACCAGCCGGCCGCGGUGCCGCAGUACCACGCUGUCAAGAUCCCCCGGGAGGAGCGCCAGCAGUUCCAUGAGGAGAAGACGGGCACCAUCCAGAAGAAGGAAUGGGUGACCGACUGGAGCGAGGGCAGCGACGGCCACGUGCCCAUCUCAGCCUAGGCAGACCCACACGAGCGCCCGCUGGCUGGCACCGGUUCAGACCUCGGGGUGGGGCCGGGGCCCAGGACUCUAGGGGCCCCGGAGGGGGUUGUGGGGGCUCGGGGAGCACACGCAGCCGGGGCUGCUGUUCUUGCCGGACGCAGCAAGCAAGGCAGAUGUCGGACUCCAGAGCCGAGACGUGGGACUUUGUCUCCAACGCAGCCCCAAAGCCCACAGGACCCGGCUGUAGCGCUGCCCCCUGCUGGAUGGGGCCGGAGCUGCUCAAGUCCAUCAAACCCUGCUGCUCUGGGAGAAUCCGGGCCCCAUGGGGCCCCAGACUGGUUCAGGCCGUAAGCCAAAGUCCAGGGGCAUGACUCUGCCUCCCUUUCUGGAGCGAUCCUGCCUUUCUCCAAGCAGAGCCCAGCUCCCACCGCCAACCUUCCCUGUGUGAUGGACGCCAUGGUCCUGCUGGUCCCUCUGGCUGGGGACCGCUGAUGUUUGAAAAAGGCUUUAUUGUUAUUAAAGAGAUGCUGUGGGGAGAGAGCCUGCUUCCCACCUCGA